CUUCUCUCAGAAAUAAAAACCUUAUAGCUUAUAGCCUUAUUAUAUAUACAUGCAAACCAUAACCUUAGUAGAAGCAAUCUUGAAGCCAAAUAUAUCUGUAUAUCUUCAGUAUCUUAGUCAGAAAACAUAGACCAUGUCGAAUUUGAGUUUCCUUCAAUUUCAUAGUAGCAGCCCUUUGGGGCACUCCUCUUCUCAACCCAAAAGUCCAACCCCAAACAGCAACAACUUCAAAUCAUCAAAACAUACAUCAAAUGUAGGGUGCAAUAUUCAACCAAAAUCGGAGGAAAUGAAAUUGGUGUUCGACAAGUUUGACACCAACAAAGAUGGCAAGAUUACCCUUGAAGAGUACAAAGCAGCUAUGAGGACAAUGGGGUGGGGAAUCGAAGGCACUGAGGCUGAUGAGUCUUUUCAGGUCAUGGACUCUGAUGGAGAUGGCUUCAUUGACUUCAAAGAGUUCAUGGACAUGUUCAACGUGGAGGAGACGGUGAAAGAGACGGAGAUCAAGAGUGCUUUUCAAGUGUUUGAUUUGAAUGGCGACGGAAAAAUCAGUGCUGAGGAAUUAUCACAAGUUCUCAAAAGCCUAGGGGAGAGUUGCAGCCUUAGUGCUUGCAAGAAAAUGGUGAUGGGGGUGGAUGGAAAUGGGGAUGGUUUUAUAGACUUGAAUGAGUUUAUGAGGAUGCUAAUGAGUGGCAAGAAACUCGCUUAAGUACACCAAGAGUCCAAGAGGAUUUAGUAUCGGUUAAGCAUGACCUGUGAAUUGUUAUAAAUUUUCUGUUACCUAUCUUCCUUUCCUAUGCAUUUAAAAAAACUCACCCAAGUGAUCCUAUGAUUUUUUAAGGUCAAUGUUAGUUGUUAAUUUUUUAGUUUUUGUUAGUGAGAGAAAUUCAAACUCACUAUAUCUUAUUUCCUCUUCUCCCUUCACCCAUCAGGUUAAACUUAUAACUGUCUAGUGAUCAUAUGAUUUGGUGUGGUCAUGUGUGUUUGUCUUUUCGAUAUCAUAUUUUGUUUUCUUAAUUUUUCUUUCUAUUUUGGGUUGCUACAUUGAUCUUUUAAACUAAAUGUAUGGAUGUUUUGACUUGCCA